GAGGCUGAGUUCCAAGCAAAACGGGAGAAAAACAUCAAAGAACGCAAAAAGGCGAUAUGUCGCGUCUUGUCGAAGCGUGAACAGUACCGGCUCAAGAAGGCUCUUGGACAAGCGGCUAGCAGUAUGACGAUUGGGUUAGAGUCAUGGUUCCACAAUUUUUCCCAGUUCAUCCAAAGAGCCAGCACACCUGAAUCACUGGCUGAUAUUCCUCGACCGUACCUGGAAUACUCUAUAUGGGGACUGUUCAAAGGAGCAGAAAUCACAAGCGUUUUAGGUAGGUGUUUUAGCUAUAUUAUUCUCCCAAUUGAAGGGAAAUUCAUUUUGGCGGCCUUCUGA